AUGAAGGUGCCUCGUAGGCGCACUCUGUUCCUGAAAUUCCUGUUAAUCGUUCCUACGGUUUGGUUGUGCGCUUUGUUCUUCUUUGCGGUAACGGGUAGCGACAACAAGGUCGAAGUUGUUGACGUUGACGAAUUACGGAUACGGAAUUCAAAAAAUGUUUUGACACCAAAGGAAAAAGUAAUUGAAGGUUUCGGUCCUCCGAUGAAGAUGAAUGAGGACAUUGUUGAAAAAGUUGAGGAAAAGAAACCGAAAGAGGAUGGUGCCAUACCAACUUCAGUUAACUUUAAUGUCGAUGCAGAUUCUCCAAUUUAUAGAAAAGGUGAUAAAAACCAGGCCGGUGAGAUGGGACAAGCAGUGAAAAUCGAUAAGGAAAAGCUCUCUCCUGAAGAGAGGCAAAAAUAUGAUCGUGGUUUUAUAAAUAAUGCUUUCAACCAAUACGUUUCUGAUAUGAUCUCAAUUCACCGUUCGCUCCCUAGCAAUAUUGAUGAGGAGUGUAAAACUGAAAAAUAUUCAGAUAAUCUUCCAGCAACUUCUGUUAUUAUAUGCUUCCAUAAUGAAGCUUGGUCCGUUCUCCUACGUACUGUGCAUAGUGUUCUCGAAAGGACUCCUGAACCACUGCUUACUGAAAUAAUUCUAGUUGAUGACUUUUCUGAUAUGCAACACUUGAAAAAAGAUUUGGAUCAGUACAUGAGUCAGUUUCCGAAGGUACAUAUUAUCAGGAUGGAAAAACGAGAGGGUCUGAUUAGAGCGAGGUUGAAGGGUGCAGCAGUAUCGAAGGGCAGCGUAAUAACAUACCUCGACUCACACUGUGAAUGCAUGGAGGGUUGGAUAGAACCGUUGCUGGACAGGAUAAAACGUGAUCCAACAACUGUUGUAUGCCCUGUAAUUGAUGUGAUCGAUGACAAUACGUUUGAGUAUCAUUACUCGAAGGCAUAUUUUACAAACGUUGGGGGUUUUGAUUGGUCACUGCAAUUCAAUUGGCACGCGAUUCCAGAGCGUGACCGUAAAAGUAGGAAACGACAUAUAGAUCCUGUCAGAUCACCAACAAUGGCGGGUGGAUUGUUUUCAAUCGACCGUGCAUACUUUGAUAAAUUAGGUACUUAUGAUCCUGGAUUCGACAUAUGGGGUGGCGAAAACUUGGAACUUUCUUUUAAAAUCUGGAUGUGUGGAGGGACUUUAGAAAUAGUUCCAUGCAGUCACGUAGGACAUAUUUUCCGAAAAAGGUCUCCUUAUAAGUGGCGUUCGGGUGUUAACGUUUUGAAAAAAAAUUCUGUCAGACUAGCUGAGGUUUGGCUUGAUGACUAUAAGUACUAUUACUACGAACGUAUCAAUAAUCAAACUGGAGAUUUUGGAGACGUAUCUGACCGCAAAGCACUAAGGGAACGGCUUGGAUGUAAAUCAUUCAAGUGGUAUUUGGAUAAUAUUUUUCCUGAACUGUUUGUUCCAGGCGAUUCAAUAGCAAAAGGAGAGGUUUUGUGUUUGGAAUCUACUGUGGGCAAGAAAUUGGAGCAGAUCCCUAUCACUCUGAGUGAGUGUCGUGGCCAUAGCGGAAGACAGGCGAGUUUCGUUAAAAAAAAUCCAAAAUUGGUUGAAUUCUUAGGGCUUUAUCGGGUUCGGAAUGCUGGAUGGGUUGAAAACGGCGGCGGCCCUCAGUGUCUGGAUAGCCUUGUUGGUGAAGAUGUCCAGAAGCCCGUGACACCGUAUCCGUGUCAUGGCCAAGGCGGAAAUCAGGUACGAAACCGUGGAGGACACUCAAAAAACUGCUUAGACUGGGCGUCUCAUCAGAAGAAAAAUGUAGGAUUAUAUUGGUGUCAUAACCAAGGAGGCAACCAGUUUUGGAUGUUAAGUAAGGAUGGUGAGAUCAGGAGGGACGAGUCAUGCAUUGACUAUGCGGGCACUGAUGUCAUGACAUUUCCGUGUCAUGGUAUGAAGGGGAAUCAGGAGUGGAAAUAUGACCACAAAAUACACCGGUUGCUUCAUGUAGUGACUGGCAAAUGUUUGGAAAUGAGCCGCGAUGGUGCAAAGUUGUUGAUGGAAACUUGCGACCAAAAUAAUGCUUAUCAGCAAUGGGUCUUCAAAGAAUAUGACGAGGAAAAGGCUAGGAAGUUUGGUUUGUUGUAA